AUGCAUCCUCCCCCGCUCCUCGGUGUGGGUGUUGUUGAUCUGCUCGAGUCCGAUCCCCGACCAAGCUUCGUCGUUGCGCUACCAACUUCAUUCAAGGACCCCGCUCUUGCCGAGGUCGUCUACAGCAAUCCAGCCCUGGUGUGCAUGCCUGCCCUUCUCGAACUCCUAGGGUCAUUCUCGAGCCGCGACCACGCGAGGUUUUGGGACUGGAUCACCGCUCAAGACGCCAGCCCGUCCCAACCUUUCCUGUAUAACAACCACUUCUGGACCCGGAACACAGUGCUUUCCAGAUGGGUUGUUGUAAGCUCCAACGAUAUCCCAACUUCGUCAGAGCCUCCGAGGAAGACUCGCCUCGAUGGUUCGAGAGACCGAGAGUCUAGUAGCGGGAUAUUGCAUCCGCAUGCCUCUACAGUGCACUCGGUGUCUGCGCCAGAAUCGUCUGCAGAAGACUUGUCUUAUCCCCGGAUCGUUCGAGCAACCACUGAGCCACCCAUAUUCUUGCCGGAUUUCAUGCCAGACCAAGAGCCUUUUCUCGACAUGGUCGAUAGCGUUGACUGGAGCGCAACUCCCCUUGGAGCCAUGGACCAGUGGCCAUCGCUGCUACAUCAGUCUUACAGCCAAAUAUUAUGCAAUUCUCAACCUACGGCAAUCUACUGGGGGAAGAAGCUCACGACAGUCUACAAUGAGGCUUAUGGAGAGAUGAUUGGAGCCCGACACCCCAAUGUGAUGGGCUGUUCUGUGACGGAGGUUUUCCCUGAAAUUGCAGAUCAGCUCAGAGAUAUGAUGGACAACCCUGGGCAAAGUCGCCGUGCGAGCAACGAAGAGGCGUUUCGCUUUUUUCUCGAAAGACCCGACGGAUCACCCCUCGAGACAUACCUUAAGUGGUCGAUCGUACCAGUAAUGCAGAACGACGAAUGCCUUGGCUUCAUCCACCUAAUCUCGGACACGACUCUCUACCACCUUUUCCGUCGGCGGAUCCAGAUGCUGGUCAACAUGGGCGAGGAGCUCGUCACAGCCAAGGAUGUCAAAUCCUAUUGGAGCAAGCUGAUCGAGGAGCUCUCGGAAUGCGAUCCCGCAUACGAUAUACCCCUGGCAAUGCUGUAUUCAAUUGAAUGUGAUGGAUCGUCGCACUCUGGAAGCGAGUCGCGGCACGACUGUAAUCACGUUUGUCGUCUCGAGGGCGCUCUUGGUGUCCCGGAAAACCAUCCCAUUAUGCCUGAGAAUCUGCGACUAAAAGACACCGAUGCUGGUUUGGCGCCACAGUUUCGAAAUGCUCUGCGCAGUCAAGAGCCACUCAUAAUCAGCACAUCGGAUGGCAGUCUACCAAAAGAGCUACUGACCGGCUUGCAGUGGCGCGGAUUUGGCGAUCCCUGCGACGCUGCUAUCGUGCUGCCCAUCAGACCUACGAAAGAGGAGGAAGUCAUGGGACUGCUCGUGCUGGGGCUCAAUCCCCGAAGACCUUAUGACGAUGCCUACACUCUUUACAUUCAAUUGCUAGCACAAAAGCUUACAACGUCUCUGGCUUGUACAGUCUUAUUAGAGGAGGAAAGGCGCCGAGGCAGAAAUGCUGCCGAGCACGCAGCAUUCGACCAGGCCAUGCUGAAAGAGAAGCUCGCUCACCAGACCAAAGAGGCUACAGAGUACACACGGUUAUUCCAGACUGUUUCUGACUUUAUUCCCAACGGAUUCUCCAUUGGCGACCACCAGGGGAACAUCACAUUUGCAAAUGGGCUUUGGUACCGCAUAACAGGACACCCUGAGGAAGGCGGCUCUCUCUCUUGUGUGUUGGAGGUAGACCGAGAAAAGAUACGCGAGGCGUACAAAGAAUUGCACGUAAAGGAUGAAGUUGAAUUCGAGUUUCGCGUCAAAGGAACCGAAUACACGAACAAUAUGCUGGCAAGAAGGUCGCCCUUCAAAGCCGAAAUGUACAGCGACCUUGACGACGAAUUGGAACGUUUAGUAAUGGCGCAAGCCAAGGCUGAGCGAGCAGCAGAUGGAACCAUUGUUCGAACUUUUACUUGCCUGACAGACGUCACUGCUCACAAACGGACAGCCGACGAAGCAACUAGAAGGGCCCAGCAGGCGGAGAAUCUGAAGAGAAUGGCCGAGCUUGCCACAGUUGGCAUGUUCGAUAUGGACAUUGGGGGGCGUCUACUUGGCGCAAAUAACGUCUUUUUCGAGCUUUGUGGGAUAGAAAAGGUCGACCUCUUGCAACACGAAGUCCGGCCAUGGGAAGUUUCGGUUGUGCAAGACGACCUUCCGACCUUGAGCGAGAGCGUGGCUCGACUCGUGUCGACAAAGAAGCCCCAGUCGGCCGAGAUUCGUCUAAAGACCACAUGGACGGCUGAAGAUGCCGUAGGGAACCAGGUCACCGCGCCGAGAUGGGUGAACGCCGCUCUUAUGCCGGUCUGCAACUCAGAUGGCAUCGUACAGUCCUUCACUGGUUGUGUUAGCGACGUCUCAUUACAAAAGUGGCAACUCGAGUUAGAAACUCAACGUACCGAGGAGGCAAUCGACUCGAAGCGGCAGCAGGACAACUUCAUCGACAUGACAUCCCACGAGAUGCGUAACCCGCUCAGCGCUAUAGUUCACUGUUCGGACGCCAUCAUUGCCUCUCUCGCAAGAUGUGAAGAGCUCGUCGGCCGGCCCCUAACUCCCAAGGUUUCAAAGUCAGACGACGAAAAUAGCGACAAGCACUUUGACAUUAAACGGCUUCUUUCGGACAGCAUUGAGAACGCUGAAACGAUUGUGGCUUGCGCUCAGCAUCAGAAACGGAUUGUAGACGAUAUCUUGACAAUGUCUAAAUUGGAUUCCAAGCUCCUAGCCGUCACUCCUUGCACGGUCAAUCCUGUUCAGAUUGGCGAGGAGGCCAUCAAAAUGUUUGACGUCGAAGCUCGUCGUGUGGAUAUUGACCUCAAAAUGACUGUCGACAAGUCUUAUCGAGAACUGGGCCACAUUUACCUUGAUCUUGAUCCCUCCCGCGUCAAGCAGGUCCUCAUUAACUUGCUUACCAAUGCUCUGAAGUUCACAAAGUCUGGGUCAAUUAGGAAUGUGUCCGUCUGCAUGAAAGCAUCACGACAACGGCCGACGAAUGAAACAGCACCGGUCACCUUUAUUCCCCGAUCCUGCAAAGAAGAGUCGGAAUACGAGCAGCCUGCUCUAGACAGUCGUAGAGACCCAGUCUACAUCAUGUUUGAGGUCAAGGAUACCGGCCAAGGCCUUUCAGAAGACGAAAAGUCGAAUCUUUUCAACAGAUUUGUGCAAGCCAGCUCGCGAACUCAUGUCAAGUACGGUGGAAGCGGACUGGGACUGUUCAUCUCGCGACGCUUGACGGAGCUACAAAAGGGCGCCAUUGGCGUGGCAAGUCUGCCAGGGGUCGGGUCCACGUUUGCAUUCUUUAUCGAGGCAUACGUGCCGACGGAAGCGUCGCGGAGGGAAGCCGAAUCCGCAGCCGCGGCCGUAAGAAUGACCACUCUGGCUACUGCAGCCAAUACCCCAUCUACAGUGCCGCGGAUAAGAGCCCCCGCGAACGAACAGAGGACACCUGGCUCGCGACCGAAACCUAAGAGCUACGAUCCCCGGCUGGACGGGAUCCUUGUUGUGGAGGACAACUUAAUUAAUCAGCAAAUCACCCGUCGCGGUCUGCAGGAUAGGGGGUUCACUGUCGACGUGGCCAAUCACGGAAUCGAGGCUUUGGAGAGGCUCAUGCAGUCCAUGUCCCUGCAACAGCAAGAUGACCCAGAGUACUUUACGCAUAGCAACUCGAGUGCUCAGGGACCUCCUGUGUCGAUCAACCUCAUCCUCAUGGACAUAGAGAUGCCAGUGCAGGACGGCUUGACAUGCACACGGCGAAUUCGAGAAUUAGAGCAGGAAGGGAGAGUGUUCUGCGCGAGCGGUGGAAGAAUACCCAUCAUCGCCGUAAGCGCCAAUGCAAGGCCGGAACAGAUGCAAGAUGCCAAGAGCGCAGGGUGCGACGACGUGCUCGUCAAGCCUUAUCGGAUGCCGGAGCUAAUCGAGAAAAUGCAAGUGGUCGUCCGGCGGAUGGGGGGCCUUUCGCCCGGAUCGCCUAUACAAUAA